GUUUCAUGUAAAUUCCAAAUCUCCACCUCUUCCAUUUUACACAUAUUAAUGAGAAAAUUAUACUUAUAAGAGUCGAUCAUUUAUAUAUAGUAGUAUAUACUUAGUAGUAGAGAAAAAGAUCCUUUUUGCCCUAACCUUCGAUCUCCACUAGCGCGACAACUGUCUAAAUCAUUUGACGCUUCUUCUCACUGAGCAAUCGCUCGACUUCCACUUGAGGUUCGGAGAAAACUUAUACUUAGUAAUUUCUUUUGUGUAGAGAGAAAGCUCCUCUUUGCUCCAACCUUCAACCUCCACCAGCGUGAUAACUGUCUAAAUCAUUUGACGUUUUUUUCACUGAGCAACCUUCGACUUCCACUUCAGGUUCGGGGAAAACUUAUAGGGAGAAGAUAUGGGAAAUUGCUGCCUUAAACAUGGAUCUAACAUGGUAUGGGCAGGAGAUGAUGAUGAAGAGUGGGAAUGUGUCGUAGCGCCAAAAACUUUAGUUGAAGAGAAAGAAAAAUUGUUGAGUGAUAAUUCCAGAGACUUAUUCUCCUCUUCUUCUUCUUCUUCUUCAUCAACGAUUAAUUAUAAAGAGGUGAAGAUUAGAAUAUCAAAAAAGGAGCUAGAGAAAAUGCUAGGGAAAAUUGAGAAUAUGGAGGAAGUAACAAUGGACCAACUCUUGUCUGGAUUUUUGAGUUCUAGCAAUAAUAGCUUUGAAUGUGAGAAUUUCCAGGUUCAACGCUCCUGGAGACCUCGUCUUCAGAGCAUUCCUGAGGUUGAUUGACGUUGAGAAAACCCUAAACAGAGGCGAAUACAAAAUUUAUAGUCAGUGCGUUAAAAAUGAAUAUUAUAUUAUAUUCCGCAUAUAUAUGUGCUUAUAUAUCGAGCCAAAAGCAAUGAGUUCACGGGGUGGUGAAGGAUUUUUGUUUCCUUCCUAAUUUUCUCUGCCUUCUUUAAUUUGUUUCUUUUUGUUUAUACAUUGUUAGGUUUUAGGUGUAUUUAUUGAUAACGUUGUAAAGAAAUUAACUGGAUUACUCAAUAUUUCUGUAUAAAGUUUAUUAUAUUUUUAAGGCC